UGUUUUCGCGAGAUUAUGGUAGGCACAUCCUUCUGUGGUUUCACUACGAUACCGCCAGACUUCAUCAGAACACUGAUGCGAGACCAUUCGCCUGAAACGCAUGACAAAAGGCUCCGCGCCACAGUAGUCGAAGCAACCACCAUGUCCUCAAUGGAAGUUGGAAUGGAAGAACGACCAUCGAACUCUGCAACGCCGCGUGAACUCACUCAAAACCCGCUUAAGAAAAUAUGGAUGCCGUUGCCGUGUAAAAAUGGCCUUCCCGAGAAACACAUAUCUCAGAGAAAGGUAUGUAUGACUAACUGCCCCACCCUGAUAGUGACGGUGGGCCUCCCAGCCAGAGGGAAGACCUACAUCUCCAAGAAGCUCACCCGCUAUCUCAACUGGAUCGGCGUGCCCACCAGAGAGUUCAAUGUUGGGCAGUACCGGCGUGAGUGUGUGAAGAUCUACAAGUCCUUUGAGUUCUUCCGUCCAGACAACGAGGAGGGCCUGAAGAUCAGACAGCAGUGUGCGUCAGCAGCACUGAAUGAUGUCAGACAGUACCUCGCUGACAAAGGAGGACAAGUUGCGGUGUUUGAUGCCACUAACACCACUAGAGAGAGGAGAGGGACCAUCACUGCGUUUGCUGAGCAGAAUGGCUUCAAGGUGUUUUUUGUAGAGUCUGUUUGUGAAGACCCUGAAGUCAUUGCAGAAAACAUUGUGCAAGUGAAGCUGGGCAGCCCUGACUACACCAACUGCAACACAGAGGAGGCUAUGGAGGACUUCAAGAAGAGGAUCAAGUGUUAUGAGAACUCCUAUGAGACCCUGGAUGAAGUUCUGGAUAGGGAUCUGUCCUACAUCAAGAUUAUGGACGUGGGCCGGAGGUACCUGGUGAACCAGGUCCAGGACCACAUCCAGAGCCGGAUCGUCUACUACCUCAUGAACAUCCACAUCACACCACGCUCCAUCUACUUGUGUCGCCAUGGAGAGAGUGACCUCAAUGUCAAGGGCUGUAUUGGAGGAGACUCUGGACUCUCCCCCAGGGGCAAGGAGUUUGCCAAUUAUCUGGGCCAGUUCAUCCAGUCUCAGGAAAUCAGUGAUCUGAAGGUGUGGACCAGCCAGAUGAAGAGGACCAUCCAGACAGCUGAGGCAGUGUCUGUGCCGUACGAGCAGUGGAAGGCACUCAACGAGAUAGACGCCGGUGUGUGUGAGGAGAUGAUGUAUGAGGAGAUCCAGCAGCACUACCCGCUGGAGUUUGCAAUGAGGGACCAGGACAAAUACCGCUACCGUUACCCAAAGGGAGAGUCCUAUGAAGACCUGGUGCAGCGUCUGGAGCCCGUCAUCAUGGAGCUGGAGAGGCAGGAAAACAUCCUGGUUGUCUGUCACCAGGCUAUCAUGCGCUGCCUGCUGGCAUACUUCCUGGAUAAGACCGCAGAGGAGCUGCCCUACUUGAAGUGCCCACUGCACACCGUGCUGAAGCUCACGCCAGUGGCUUAUGGCUGUAAGGUGGAGUCCAUCUACCUAAAUGUGGACGCAGUGAACACUCACAGAGAUAGACCAGAGAACGUCAACGUUCAUCGCACCACAGAAGAUGCCUUGCAGACAGUCCCACCUCACCUCUGAAAUGCAAGCCACUCGGAUUGAAGUUUGGGCUCUCUACCUCCCUGUUACUACGUGUCAUUACUUGUGUCUAGUGGUACAGAGUCAAUGGACAUUCUAUCUGUGCAACUCACUCAAUUGAUCGUUCUUUGUUGGGCGAUGUAAUGUUUUCACAGCCUGGUCUCAAAGCAAAACAUACAGUACGAGUCAAAAGUUUAGACACCAACUCAUUCAAGUUUUUUUUUUUUGGAUUGUACUAUUUUAUACAUUGUAGAAUAAUAGUGAAGACAUCGCAACUAUGAAGUAACACAUGUAGUAACCAAAAAAGUUAAACAAAUCAAAAAAUAUUUUAGAUUCUUCAAUGUAGCCACCCUUUGCUUUGAUAACAGCUUUGCACACUCUUGGCAUUCUCUCAACCAGCUUCACCUGGAAUGCUAUUCCAACAGUCUUGAGGGAGUUCCCACAUAUGCUGAGCACUUGUUGGUUGCUUUUCCUUCACUCUGCAUUCCAACCAUCUCAAUUUGGUUGAGGUCGGGUGCUUGUGGAGGCCAGGUCAUCUGAUGCAGCACUCCAUCACUCUCCGUGCUCAAGUAGCCCUUCCACAGCCUGGAGGUGUAUUGGGUCAUUGUCCUGUUGAAAAACAAAUGAUUGUCCCACUAAGUCCAAAACAGAUGGGAUGGUAUAUAGCAGCAGAAUGCUGUGGUAGCCAUGCUGGUUAAGUGUUCCUUGAAUUCUAAAUAAAUCAGUGUCACCAGCAAAGCACCACCUCCAUGCUUCACGGUGGGAACCACACAUGCAGAGAUAAUCCGUUCACCUACUCUGCGUCACACAAAGACACGGGAGUUGGAACCAAAAAUCGCAAUUUUGGAAAAUCCGACCAAUGGAUAGAUUUCCACUGGUGUAAUGUCCAUUGCUUGUGUUUCUUGGCCCAAGCAAGUGUUUUCUUAUUAUUGGUGUGGUUUAUUUGCAGCAAUUAGACCAUGAAGGCCUGAGUCACGCAGUCUCCUCUGAACAGUUGAUGUUGAGAUGUGUCUGUUACUUUAACUCUGCGAAGCAUUUAUUUGGGCUGCAAUUUCUGAGGCUGGUAAAGGCUAAUGAACUUAUCCUCUGCAACAGAGGUAACUCUGGAUGUUCCUUUCCUGUGGCAGUCCUCAUGAGAGCCAGUUUCAUCAUAGCGCUUGAUGGUUUUUGCAACUGCACUUGAAGAAACUUUCAGAGUUCUUGACAUUUUCAGAAUUGACGGACCUUCAUGUCUUAAAGUAAUGAUGGACUGUCAUUUCUCUUUGCUUAUUUGAGCGGUUCUUGCUAUAAUAUGGACUUGUUAUUUUACCAAAUAGGGCUAUCUUCUGUAUACCACCCCUACCUUGUCACAACAACUGAUUGGCUCAAACACAUUAAGGAAAGAAAUUCCACAAAUUGACUUUUAACAAGGCACACCUGUUAAUUGAAAUGCAUUCCAAGUGACUACCUCGAAGCUGGUUGAGCGAAUGCCAAGAGUGUGCAAAGCUGUCAUCAAGGCAAACAGUGCCUACUUUGAAGAAUCUCAAAUAAAACAUGAAUUUUGAUUUGUUUAACACUUUUUUGGUUACUACAUGAUUUCAUAUGUGCCAUUUCAUAGUUUUGAUAUCUUCACUAUUAUUCUACAAUGUAUAAAAUUGUAAAAAUAAAGAAAAACCCUUGAAUGAGUAGGUGUGUCCAAAUUUUUGACUGGUACAGUAUUUGACAAAAAUCCAUGCCACUCCAUUAAGUAUGAUAUGUUACUUUGUUAGGUUACAUUACAUUAGCCUGCGUAAAUCUGGCACGCUCAAAUUAGUAUGGUAAGUUAAAUGUUUGGGAUGACAAAUGACUUAAAGCAAAAACAAAAGGAGGGUGGAGGGCGUAUAAUGCGAAUAUCUAGCAACCCGGCGGUUGUGUGUUCGAAUCUCAUCACGGACAACAUUAGCAUUUUAGCAACGACGGAAAAGUAUUGACACCCCUUUACUUUUUCCAAAAGUUGUUGUAUUACAGCCUGAAUUUAAAAUGGAUUAAAUUUUAAAUGUAUCACUGACCUACACACAUUAACCCAUAAUAUCCAAGUGGAAUAAUGUUUUAAGAAAUGUCUUGAGUCAAUAAGUAUUCAACCCAUUUGUUAGGGCAAGACUAAAUAAGUUCAGGAGUAAAGAUUUGCUUAACAAGUCACAUAAAUUCCAUGGACUCUGUGUGCAAUAGUAGUGUUUAACAUGACUACCUCAUCUCUGUAGCCCACACAUACAAUUAUGUCUAAGGUCCCUCAGUCGAGCAGUGAAUUUCAAACACAGAUUCAACCACAAAGACCAGGGAGGUUUUCCAAUGCCUCACAAAGGGGCACCUAUUGGUAGAUUGAAUAUUAUAUACAUAUACAUUGAAUAUCCCUUUGAGCAAAGCAAAGUUAUGAAUUACACUUUGGAUGGUGUAUCAAUACACCCAGUCACUACAAAGAUACAGUUAUCCUUCCAAACUCAGUUGCCAGAGAGGAAGGAAACCGCUCAGGGAUUUCACCAUGAGGCCAAUGGUGACUUUAAAAUAGUUAGUUUUUCCCUAUCACAGCCAUUAAAAACAGAGGAUGGAUCAACAACAUUGUAGUUACUCCACAAUACUAACCUAAAUGACAGUGUGAACAGAAGGAAGCCUGUACAGAAUAAAAAUAUAUAUGCAUCCUGUUUGCAAUAAUGCACUAAAGUAAAAAUUGCAAAUAAAUAAGCUUCAUGUCCUGAAUACAAAGUGUCAUGUUUGGGGCAAAUUCAACAUUCAUACAUCGCUGAGUACCACUCAUUUUCAAGCAUAGUGUUGGCUACAUCAUGUUAUGGGUAUCCUUGUCAUUGGCAAGGACUAGGGAGUUGUUUUAGAAUAAAAUAAACAAAUACAUCUAAGCACAGGCAAAAUCCUUAGAGAAAAAUCUGGUUCAGUCUGCUUUCCAACAGAAAAGUGCACCUUUCAUCAGGACAAUAACCUAAAACACAAGACCAAAUAUACACUGGAGUUGCUUACCAAGAUGACAUUGAAUGUUCCUGAGUGGCCUGUCUUAAAGACAGAAUACUUAAAAAUGGCAGUCAAGCAAUGAUCAACGACCAACUAGACAGAGCUUGAAGAAUAAAAAAAGAAAAAUGGGCAAAUAUGGUACAAUCCAGGUGUGCAAGGCUCUUGAGAGAUUUACCCAGAAAAACACAGCUGUAAUCUCACCAAAUCUUAUUCUAACAUGUAUUGACUCAGGGGUGUGAAUACUUAUGUAAAUGAAAGAUUUCUGUAUUUCAUUUUCAAUAAAUUGCAAAAGUUUCUAAAAACAUGUUUUUACUUUGUCAUUAUGGGGUUUUGUGUGAAGAUGGGUGAGGGGAAAAAACGAUUUAAUCAAUUUUAAAUUCAGGCUGUAACACAAAAUGUGGAAGAAUAUUUUCUGAAAGCACUGUACUCUUUAAGCUACUUUGUAACUACUUAUGUUAGCUAACCCUUCCCCUAACCAUAUUCCUUUAAUCUAACUCCUAACCUAACGGAGCAUGUCACACUAAAGCAGUCUAAUGUAGCAUAUCCUACUAAAGCAGUCAAACGCAAUAUAUCAUACUAAACGAUCAAGACGUAGGAUACUAUACGUCUUACAAUUCAUAUUAUAUUGUUCGAUCGACAUUACAUUUAUAGGCCAAUGUAAUGUAACCUAACUUUAAGUAACACACACCACAUUUGGACACCUACUCGUCGAAUAUCUCAUUACAAAAUCAUGGGCAUUAAAAUGGAGUCCCCCCCCCCUUGCUGCUAUAACAGCCUCCACUCUUCGCUUUGUGCACAGGGGCAUUGUCAUGCUGAAACAGGGACAGGCCUUCCCCAAACGGUUGCCAGAAAGUUGGAAGCACAGAAUGUCAUUGUAUGCUGUAGCACUAAGAUUUCCCUUCACUGGAACUAACCCAGACCUUUAUUCCUCCCCCACCAAACUUUACAGUUGACACUAUGCAUUUGAGCAGGUAGCAUUCUCCUGGCAUCCGCCAAACCCAGAUUUGUCCGCCGGACUGCCAGAUGGUGAAGUGUAAUUCAUCACUCCAGAGAACGUGUUUUCACUGCUCCAGAGUCCAAUUGUGGCAAGCUUUACAGCACUCCAGCCGACGCUUGGCAUUGUGCAUGGUGAUCUUAGGUUUGUGUGCGGCUGCUCGGCCAUGGAAACCCAUAUCAUGAAGCUCCCAACGAACAGUUCUUGUGCUGACGUUGCUUCCAGAGGCGGUUUGGAACUCGGUAGUGAGUGUUGCAACCGAGGAUAGAUUACUUUUACGCACUUCAGCUCUCGGCGUUCUUGUUCUGUGAGCUUGUGUGGCCUACCACUUCGCAGCUAAGCCGUUGUUGCUCCUAGACGUUUCCACUUCACGAUAAUAGCACUUACAGUUGACCGGGCAGCUCUAGCAUGGCAGACAUUUUACAAACUGACUUGUUGGAAAGGUGGUAUCACGUUGAAAGUCAUUGAGCUCUUCAGUAAGGCUAUUUUACUGUCAAUAUUUGUGUAUGGAGAAUGCAUGGCUGUGUGCUCGAUUAUAUACACCUGUCAGCAACGGGUGAGGCUGAAAUAGCCAAAUCCACUAAUUUGAAGUGGUGUCCACAUACUUUUGUAUAUAUAUAGUGUAUCAUACUAAAUGGAGUGGCAAGGAUUUGAGUAACAUAUAACACGUUUUGCUCUGAGACCAGGUUGUUUUUCUGCCCCUUCUCCCUCUCUGAGCACAUCCUUGUCCUGUUUUGGUGUCUUAUGUUCAGAGCAAUGUGAACUGAAGGAUCCAGAGCCUUUUGGCCUUUCUGUAAGCAUCCUCCAUUGGCCUGUACAAUUGUAUCAGUUGGCCUUAUUACUCCUCCGUAGGUAUCUCAGUCAGUCUACAGCACAUUCAGACCAAUGGUUUAGAGGUCCAAACAGAAAUGGGAAUUAAAUGAACAGUUCCGCUUGCAUUCUAGGGUUUUGGGGUAUGCUUUCAGGGAAUUACUCAGACCCAUUACCUUUUGCUGCUCCAUUCUCAUGGUAGGAAGAGCAGUAAGUCCUUGUUAGUAGUUUGGUUUAUGUGUGUUAAGGCUUUAUAUAUAGCUUACAGCGUUGUCUUGUCUAGGAGAGAAAUGGACUGCAACUUAUUUUUGUAAAGUAUGAACCCCCUCAAAGUAUUGAUUGUGUGAUUCACUUGUCCAUUUUGAACCUCAGAAGUGUCACUAUUGUUCUUCAUGUCAAUGUUUUUUUUAAAAAGUAUUUUGAGAUGUGCAAUUAUAAAAAUGUGUUGGCUACACCAUCAGCAUAUGCAAAUAUGUGGGCAUAUUCAAUUGUUGGUGCUUGUGUUGGCUGCUGUUGAAUCCAAAUGUUUGAUCAUUUUUCCUGUGUUUUUCAAAAUGUUUUUCCUGUGGUUUUUCAAAAUCUUCAAUAAAGAUGUUUUGAUAC